AUGUCACCAACCUCUAGCGCAUCCAUGUCUCAUGGUCUCCACCAACGUAUGACGACGUGCCAAGAACAUGAUCAGAUGCAACACCACAUAGCUCAACAGAGCCGGAGGGACAAACUAAGGGUGCAAGGAUUUGAAGCCACCAAUCUGCACCCACUAGACCAGAUCGAAGACAAAAGAUUAGAUCUUGGCACCCUUGAGCUUGCUAGGACUGGUAGCAUAUUAUCCAACAUGUUCAAUUUUCCAGCAGCUGGACUAGCCGACCAGAUCUCGGACAUCAACCGCCUACCACCGAAGCCGGCGGCUGAAUUCUCCGGCGAGUGGUAUGGGGACAAAGGGGCCGUGAUGGGUGGUAAUUUUAAUUCUUGGGGUGAUACUGUCACCGAUUCUGCGACGAUGCAGCUUUUACUAAUGAACAUGCCAUCUCAGGAGCCAUACCCAAGGUCUACUACCUUCGGAAAUGGUUCAUUUAGUGGGGGAGUGGUAGAGAACCAAGGGCUAUCUCUAUCACUCUCCUCAUCACUUCACCAACUAGAGAUGGGUGGAGUGAGCUUGAUGAGGUAUACAAGGUUUGCGAGGGCUGCUACAGAGCUGUUAGAAGAGGUCUGCAGUGUGUGGAGGGAGCAUUUGAAGGAGAGAAGGUCAAGAAGGCAACUUAGCUCUUCAAACCCUAAUUAUCCUAACCCUAGCUUCUCAUGUGCUAAUGGUGCAUCUUCUGGUAGAGUUGGUGAUUCUUCCUCCUCUCCCAAGAAUCUGUCAUCCUUGUCUUCUGCUGAUAAGUUUGAGCACCAAAGGAAGAAGGCCAAACUCUUGUCCAUGCUUGAUGAGGUGGAUAAGAGAUACAAUCACUACUCUAACCAGAUGCAGAUGGUAAUAAACUCCUUUGAUUCGGUGAUGGGCUUUGGAGCUGCAACGCCAUACACAAUCCUUGCUCGCAAGGCCAUGUCGAGGCACUUCCGGUGCCUCAAGGAUGCAAUCAAUAAGCAAUUGAAGCAAGUGUGUGAACUCCUUGGAGAGAAGGAAGCGGGUAGCACUUCAGGGAUAUCUAAAGGGGAGACCCCAAGGCUUAGGUUGCUUGAACAAAACCUAAGGCAGCGGCGACCAUUUCACCAGAUUGGAAUCAUGGAUUCUGAAGCUUGGAGGCCCCAGCGAGGCUUACCCGAACGUUCGGUGAAUGUUUUGAGAGCAUGGCUUUUUGAGCAUUUCCUUCACCCGUAUCCAAGUGAUGCAGAUAAACAACAAUUGGCAAGGCGGACAGGUUUAUCUCGAAAUCAGGUCUCCAACUGGUUCAUAAAUGCGAGGGUCCGGCUGUGGAAGCCCAUGGUGGAAGAGAUGUAUCAACAAGAGGUAAAAGAAGAGGAGGAAGAUGUCAAGGAGGGCGAGGAAGCAAACCCCCGAAGGCCACUUUCACCAUCCCACCACAACUCACCGCAAGGCCAGGGACCAGAAGCCAAUGCAACUGGAAGCGCAGCAACGGCCGCAGCAGCCCACCAGUCCAAUGAUGACACCAUCCUCAUGGGCAUCGAUGCUCCAACCUCUGCCAUGGAUCUGUGUGGGGCUGACAUGGAACCCAUGGAUGACUUGUGUGGGGCCGGCAUGCGCCUUGGUGCAACUGGAGAUGUGUCUCUCACUCUUGGCUUACGCCAUGCCGGGAACCUUUCAGAAAAAAAUUGGUUUUAUGGUUAAGAUAGGCUUGGAGGAAGGGUUGUCACAAGAACAAAUAGAAGAAAAAGAUAGCAGAUUAGCCUUUCUUAUUACUGUUAUUCUCUUCUUCAGACAACGAGGGAAAGAUAGAUAUUUGAGAGUUAAAAAUGCAUAGAUAUUAUAUACUAUUAAUGCAGGUUGCCAGGAUGAGAAGGGAAUUGCAUGCCGCUAUCUUUGUUUUUCA